UCCAAUGGUUAACCGCGUGUGUGUAACGGACAAGAGGCGAUUAGAUGACCAUUCCUUGGGCAGUGUCACUGUCCACCAGCCGCUUCUUCCCCACCAGCUCCGCUAUACUCCGCCGUCAAACCUCACCGUGUUCCGCCACUGCCACCAUGAGCACCGCCGGAGAACAGAACUUCACUUCUGACCCUGCCCAUUUGGACACAAUUUUCAAGCAGAAAAAGGCCCUCCGUUUGGUUGUUAAAAGAGAUCUCAAAUCCAUGGAUCCGACCCUUAGAUCCGAAGAAGAUGAAGCUAUACAAAGGAUUGUAAUGGAGGCCCCGUGGUUUAAGGCUUGCAAGGGAUUGUGCGCUUACAUAAGCUGUAGUGCCUUGCGAGAAGUAGAUACAAGCCGAAUACUAUCUCAUAUUCUCAGUAGCCAUUCAGAGAUGCGAAAGAAGCUAUUUGUUCCAAGAGUGGAGGAUAGGAACAGAAACAUGCGAAUGCUUAACAUUUCAAGCACUGAGGAUUUGAUUGCAAAUUCAAUGAACAUUCUGGAACCAGCUUCAUUAGAUGCUGAUGGAAAUGAACGCGAAGAUGUCUUGUUCGCCAAUGAGCCUGUUGAUUUGUUAAUUUUACCUGGACUUGCAUUUGACAAAGCUGGAAGACGGUUGGGCCGCGGUGGAGGAUACUAUGACACCUUUUUAUCAAGAUAUCAAGAGCUUGCCGAGAAGCGAAAUUGGAAGCAACCUCUCAAAAUUGCACUUUCUUACUCAGUUCAAAUAGUGGAUGAGGGUACUAUACCACUAACUCCAAAUGACGUUCUCGUGGACGCACUUGUAUCACCUUCUGGUGUGAUAGCUAUUAGUCCAGCUGCUCUAGAGAUUUGCCAGUGAGCAAAAUGCUCUUAAAUAACUACACAAGCCGCCGGACCGUUCUCAUCACAGCAGCAUCAGAGAGAGAUUGGGAUGGAAUCAGCCCUUAGUAAUUUGUGAUCAAUACUAUUGCUUCUAGAGUCAUGUCAUGAGAAAGAUUAAAGGCUCGUUCUGUUUUCUUCAGAAAUAGCAUCUCCAGGAAGAGCUUACUUUGGUGCAAGAAUGUCUUUGAAAGUUUGGUAGCAUGUGUGUCAAUUGAGUUGAACCAUUCAUUUGUGGGCAAAUUUGAAUUGAACAUAUCAGUUUCUUUCUA